AUGGAUAGUGUCACCGCGGCUCCUGGCUCCGUGCUGUCCGGAGGAACGGUCGGCAUUCAUAUAUCCACCACGCAGCUCCACACGCUCCAGCUGGACCACGGUCCGCUCCGGCUGACCUGGAUGAUGGACUGGUACAAGCGGAAGGUGCUGUUCCACGUGAAAAACCCGUUCGGCCGCGGCAAGUACCGAACGUUCGCGAUCGGAUUCUCGGCCCGGGGCGACCGGACCCGUACCGACCUGUGCGUGUUCUCGUUCGCCCACGGGCUCUACCAGCAGGUGCACGACGGGUACACGUCACGCGACUUUGGCCGCCUGUACGUUGACACACUCCAGCACUGCGAGGUGAUGCGCGUGGACGAGAGCUCGGUCGCGUUCCGGCGCAAGUUCGACACCUGCGACCCACAGGACGUGCCGUUCCACGGUGGCACCAUGUACGUGGUGUGGCUGCGGACACCCGAACUGCUCGACUUGUCCGCCAACUGGACCCGGCUGCCGAACGUGAGCCGCGCCGAUUGGGGCUCGCUGCCGGUGCAGCUGCUACGCGCGGACCAGAUCCGGGUGCCGGAGAAACCGGCCGAUGUGCGGCGUGUCGAGAUUCGGCUGGACCGGGUAGCGGUGCCGGCAGACGAGACGACUUACUGGUGCCGGAUACAGCGGCUCGAGCCGUGGCUGCUGGCUAGAAAGCACCACAUAGUGCAGUUUGAACCACUCGUCCGGAGCCCGGCGCUUGUCCACCACAUGGAGGUGUUCCAGUGUGCGACGGACCCGGGAACGGACAUCCCCCUGUACAAUGGCAACUGCCGAGACAUGCCGGCCACCGGGAAGCUCUGCUCCAAGGUGAUGGCCCUGUGGGCGAUGGGUGCGGGCACGUUCACGUACCCUCCGGAAACCGGGCUCCCUAUGGGGGGGCCCGGUUCCAACCCGUACAUCCGGCUGGAGGUCCACUUCAACAACCCGGAGCUGAUCGCCGGCCAGACGGAUAGCUCCGGGAUGCGGCUAAACGUGGUGUCGAAGCUGCGGCCGCACGAUGCCGCCAUCAUGGAGCUCGGGCUGGAGUACACGGACAAGAUGGCGAUACCGCCGGAGCAGGUCGCGUUCCCGCUCAGCGGGUAUUGCAUCGCCGAGUGUACCAAGGUGGCGCUGCCUCCCGCCGGUAUCACCGUGUUCGGCUCGCAGCUUCACACGCAUCUGCGGGGAGUCCGCGUUCUCACGCGCCACUUUCGCGGGCCGCUCGAGCUGCCCAACCUCAACCGGGACGACUUCUUCACGCACCACUACCAGGACAUCCGCCAGCUACGCUACAAACCGCGCGUUCUCCCAGGUGAUGCGCUGGUGACGACCUGUUACUACGAUACACGCGGCUACGACACGGCGACACUCGGUGGCUUCUCGAUCAGUGAUGAGAUGUGCGUCAACUACAUCCACUACUACCCGGCGACGCAGCUCGAGCUGUGCAAGAGCGCCAUCUCGGAAAAGUCGCUUCGCAACUACUUCGCCUACAUGCUCGAGGUUGAAAAGCAGACACAGAUCGUACCGGAUGGGGCACGGUCGGAGAACUAUCGCAGCAUCCGCUGGACGCGUGGCCGUGUCAACGAGCUGCUAGACGUGUACGUGUCCGAACCGCUCAGUAUGCAGUGCAACCGCUCGGACGGUGGUCGCUUCGAGGGCUUCGAGUGGGAGGACGCACCGAUUACACCGUUCCGGCGGCCGGUUCGACUACAGCCAGCACCGACGAUGGGGAAGUACGCGAAGGACGGGUGCACCGGAUCGCCGCCUGCCCUGCGCUGGUUCAAGCCGCUGGCCGAAGGCCACUGUGACCGGUUCGGUGAGUGUAUCUACUCCGAGACCAAGCAGAAGGAGUAA